GUUAAUCGGGACAAUCCCGAUUUAGGGUUUAAGACAGAGCAAAUGAGCAAUGAACAGGAGAGAGAGAGAGAGAGAGCCUGCGGAGUGAUACGUAUAUAUCGAGUAGCGGUGAUAGACAUCAGGAGCACAAAAAUGGCAGAAGAAGGUGAGAAGGAGAAACCAGAAAGCGGUACCACAGAGAUAGAACCGUCGGUAGAAAAAGACAAGGGAGAAAUUGGAAUGAAGCCAUGGGAGCAGCAUUCUGCUGUGAUAAGCAUCCCUCGCUUCGACUACAACGCUCCAUCUUCUAUCCUCCGUCACUCUCACUGUGGCUUCCUCGUCACCUGCCCCAUCAUCAGCAGGUUAACCUGGAACCAUAAAUUGCUGGUUUGCCCACUUCUUCUUAAAGUUGAGCAACCUACUCUUCUGGGCUUUCUCAUCCACAGCUGGUUAGCUCCACUGCCCUGUGCCCUGGUGGUUAGUGUGGUUACUGGUCAACCCCAAUUGCUCCACAUCUAGCUAUUGGUUUUCCCUUCUACAUCUUACUCCACCACCUAGUUGUUAAUCUGCCCUGCCUGCUUGUUCCAUGCUCAUCAUUUCCUUGGCAAGCCAUGCUACCAUCAACCUGCAAUACCUGCACCAAUCAACUUGACCGAGUUUUACUCUGCGUAUCAGAUGCCAAUGUGCCCUGUUGCACUAUUGAACUGACUUGCUCCAUAGUUAGUCUAGCCAAUCAACCAUGCAAGAUAGACAUUUUGAUCUGUCCAGUUGUACUACCUAGUUAUACUGACCAAAUUGUGUUGCCCUGGAUUGCUCCAUAUUUCGAUGAUGGCUCUGAUAAGGCACUAAGUCAAGAUACAAAUGAAAAUGGAAAGUAACCAAUCAAUCAAGUAUCAGAUUUGCAGGUCACAAAUGGAGCAUAAUUCAUGGUAUGAGAAGAUCAGGGGGAGACAAAUCACAUAAUUUAUGCUAUUUACUUAAUUUCUUCAUUGUAUUAGAUUAUAAAUAAGGAGCCUCCCCUAGUGUUGAAGGCAUCGAAUAUUGAUUAGAAAAUAAUAAUUGUUGUAGCUGGGCAAGAAUCCAUUUUUGUUGGAGGAUACUUUACAGUAUCCUUGUUUGUACUUUUUCAUUUUAAUCCCAUCAAUUCUGCGUUGCUUCUUCCUCAUUUGUCUUUACUCUAACUGGCUCCUAUGCGUGUUGCAUCAUAUUAGAUGCUCUACUGCUACUCCAUUGACUCACACUGCCACCUAGUUGCUAGAUAAGCCAUUAUGAGACCACCACAUGUCAAGCACCCCCUCUAAAUAUUGGUGCCCACCACUUCUUGGGCUCAA